AUGUCUUACUACGACCAAAUUGAAAUAGAGGACAUGACAUUUGACCCUGUCACCCAACUAUUCACAUAUCCUUGUCCUUGUGGUGAUAGAUUUCAAAUAUUUAUUGAUGAUUUACAAGAUGGUGAAGAUGUUGCAGUUUGUCCAAGUUGUUCACUAAUGAUCCAAGUUAUAUUUGAACCAGAAGAUCUGGAGGAAUAUUACCAAGAGAUGAAGGAUGAUAGUGUGAUGGCUGAACCUAUUGCUGCUUAA